UGGGAAUCACCACUGCUACUGACACUGGGGUCAUUCUUGUUUAUAGUUCUCACGUUGUCUAGUUUAUUUCAAUCGUUCAUUCAAUCAUGUAUAGUGUUACAACAAUUGUGUUAUUUUUUGUAUUAGUAAAUUCAAUAAGUGGUAAAUCACGAGAUACACCUAAAAUAUGCGCUGAUGUUAUAUCAAGAGAACGAUGGGGUGGCCGGACACCGAUAGCAGUUGAUUACGCCAUUGUUCCUGUAAAAUUCGUAAUCAUUCACCACACUGUUACCCCGGAAUGUACCACGGAAAGAUCAUGUGCAUCGGUUGUUAAGAGUAUCCAAGAUUUCCAUAUGGAAGAACUGGAGUUUCACGAUGUGGGAUACAACUUCUUAGUAGGUGGAGAUGGUCAAAUAUAUGAAGGAUCUGGAUGGCAUAAAGUAGGAGCCCACACCAGAGGAUAUAAUAGUAGAUCUCUAGGGCUCGCCUUUAUUGGAGAUUUUUCGAGAAAAAGACCUAGCAGUGUUCAGAUAAAAGCCGCAAAAGACUUCUUAAAAUGCGCUGUGGAACUUAGAGAACUUCAUGAAGAUUAUAAAUUAUUUGGGGCAAGACAAGUUAGCCAAACAGCUAGUCCUGGUCUUUACUUGUAUACCGAAAUCAAGGACUGGCCUAAUUUCAACAGUUCACCAUGAUUUUUUUUUAAUUCUUUUGUAUAGAAAUAUAUAUUUUUACAAAAUAUGGUUUUAUUUAAAGAUUUGAUUAAUUUAAUGUAUUAAAAUAUAAAUAAACAGAACUCAC